AUGCAAUUAGCUUUUGGGUUCGUUAAAUUGUUGGAGUUAUUCUGCACCUAGCUUGUGUUUUGACAUUUGAGUCCCUAUUUUUAUUUUUUUAUUUUUUAUAAUGGGUUUUAUUAGAUUAUGUUUAGCUUUUCACUCUUCUGUCAAUGGCUGUCAUGCCCACCGCCUUGCUGAAAGAAAUAGCCGCAGUGCCAAUAGUUUCAGUGCUACAGAUUUGUUGUUAUGAAAAUGAAGUUUUAGCCUUUCAGCAAUUCUGGGUCGUUGUUGAAUUUUCAACAAUAUCACGCAUCUAUGUUUAUGUAUUAGAAAAUUGCAACAUGGGGAAGGACCAUUAUGUAUUCUUUUUUUUCGCAAGUUGAGGUUGAAGAUGUCUGCUUGAUAUGUCCAUACCCUUUCUGUCCUUUCUAUUUGGUCGUGAUAUGAAUCUUCCUUUUAUUUGGCAUCAAAAUAAGCCUACCCUUAGGCUCUCUCAUCAGGUUAUGCCUGAAAUACCUCUUAUUUAACUAGUGAUUACAAGCUUGCUACUGUUUCUAUAUUCAAGGACCUGUCCGUUGAAAGUCCAAAAUAUUGGUGAUUCUGGCCUCUGGUGGAGAUUUUUUAUCUUGAGACUAUGAGAACCAAUCGAGGGAAACGCUCUGAGAUGUGUUUUGCCAAUUACAUUUGAUUGCAGGCCUUUUGGCCUUCCAUUGUGAUGAAGAAGUGGCUAAAUAUCAAGCCGAAGGUGUAUGAGUUCAGUGAAGAUGAGGUUGACACUGAGACUGAAAGUGAAGAUGAUGCUUGCUCUCUUAAAGAUGAAAGAAUGCACGUGCCUGAGGAUCACGCCCAGAGGACACAGGGGAACCUUUUCACUCGGCCCAGUCAAACUUCAGGCAGUACUUUGAUUUCUAUGGGUACAUCUUCCACGGAUUAUCUGUUAAGGCACAGGAGAGGAAAAUCCGAAACUUUGCGUGCACAGUACAUUAAUACAAAGGAUGUGAGGGUGACAAUUGGUACUUGGAAUGUUGCUGGAAAACUUCCAAAUGAAGAUCUUGAGAUUGAUGACUGGCUUUGUACAGAAGAGCCAGCAGAUAUUUACAUUAUUGGUGCUAAAAUCAAUCUGUCUCUUUUUCAAGAGGUAGUCCCUUUGAAUGCGGGGAAUGUUCUGGGAGCAGAGGAUAGCCGGCCUAUUCAAAAAUGGGAGGCAAUAAUUCGAAAAACUCUCAACAAAUCUUUGGAUCCUAAAAGCAAACACAAGAGUUAUAGUGCCCCACCCUCCCCAAUGCUAAGGACUUCUUCUGUUGCUGAUGUUCUUGCAUCUGAAAUUGAUGUUCAUCCAUUAGAGAUGAUGUGUGAGGAAUACACCAGGAAGAAAAAAUUUUAUGACAUGGAACAAGAGACACUGGAUAAAGGAAUUGAUAUUGGAAUGCAUUCUCAAUUGAGGAGAAUAUAUGGCAUUGAUUUCACCAGUAGAUUAGACUGGCCUGAGCAUUCAUUAGAUGCAACCCCUCAGGUAAUCUCCUCCAAUUCAAAGUUGCGGAGAGUAUUUAGCAGUUCGGGAAGAAUUGGAUAUAACUUGACAGAGAAUUCUCUACUAGGGAGUCCACAAACUUUGGCAUUAGAUGGUAGUAGAUUGAAACGAAUGCAUAAUAGCUCUGGUGAUCUAGGCUUGAUGUGGAUGGAGCAGCAAGAGAAGCCUGAAGUUCUCGAUUCUCUCUCUGAUAUUUCCAACACCUUUUCUGAUGAGGAAGAUGGUUUUUUUGAAUUACCAGAGGAGCAGCAUAAUUUUGAAGUAACCGAAAAUGGUGUGAAGUCAUGUCCUAGGUAUGUGCGAGUUGUCAGCAAGCAGAUGGUAGGGAUAUAUGUAUCAGUUUGGGUUCGAAAGAGGUUGAGAAGGCAUAUCAACAAUUUGGAAGUUUCUCUUGUUGGAGUCGGUCUAAUGGGCUACAUGGGAAACAAGGGCUCUGUUUCUGUUAGCAUGUCCCUGUUUCAAUCACGAAUGUGCUUUGUUUGUUCUCAUCUGACCUCUGGUCAGAAGGAUGGGGCUGAGCAGAGGCGUAAUUCUGAUGUCUAUGAAAUAAUACGACGUACCCGUUUCUCAUCUUUCUUUGAAACAAAUCAACCACAGACUAUUCCUUCUCAUGAUCAGAUAUUCUGGUUUGGGGAUUUGAACUAUCGUAUCAAUAUGUUGGAUACAGAAGUUAGGAAACUGGUUGCUCUUAGAAGGUGGGAUGAACUUCUAAAAAAUGAUCAGCUAAGCAAAGAACUCCGGAGUGGACAUGUAUUUGAUGGAUGGAAUGAGGGCGUGAUAGACUUUCCACCUACUUACAAGUAUGAAACCAACUCUGAUAGAUAUGUUGGUGAGAACCCAAAAGAAGGGGAGAAAAGAUCUCCGGCCUGGUGUGAUCGUGUGCUGUGGUUAGGAAAAGGUAUAAAACAACUGUCCUACAAAAGGGCUGAAAUAAGGCUCUCAGAUCAUCGACCAGUUCGUUCAAAUUUCUUGGUUGAAGUUGAAGUCCUAGACCAUCGGAAGCUGCAAAGGGCUAUCAAUUACAAUAGUGCAGCUGUACAUCCUGAAAUUUUCCCCGAUGAAGAGAGUUAGAAUGAGGUAACUGCCCAGUUAACAGGGAUUGCAAAUCAUUUUGGCAAGGUUGCAAGAUUGUUAUCCAGUUGAUGAUUGUUGGCUUCAAGAUAUACCCACCAACUAUCACUGUCUGACUAGUAGCUUACUAGAAGCGAUCCUCACUGUCAAGUACUGUUGCAGCCUGCAUCAGAAUUUAAGUUUGCCUUAGGUUAUACAAGCCAAUAAGUUAAUAGGACUAACAGGUAAAUGUAUAUAGUAAAGGCCUAUCCUUUUUUUUAAAGGCCUAUCCAUUUGUUUUUAUAGUUUUUGUUUUAGUCUUGUUUUGUUAAAUUUGUAGUUGAUUGGUUUGUGGAGCUGAUAUAAAUGCCAUUUGACAGUUUUUACUUAUAAUUGGAUCAAUACAUGCAAAAUCUUUAUCUUA